UAGAUGGCAUUCUCGUUGUAUUUUCUGAGCGGUUCCUUUUUCUGGUGACACGUGCAUGUGCGUUAUUUAGUGUAAUUAAAAUAUAAAUAUUUACCAAGAUUGUGAUAUUUAAUAUUCUAAUUAAGUGUUAAAGGUAUCGAUACGAUGGCUAAAUCAUUACGCAGCAAGUGGAAAAGAAAAUGUAGAGCAAUCAAAAGAGAACGUUAUGGUGCUAAAGAACUGGCAAAAUUAAAGAAAACUCUUGGUAUCGAUGAGAGUGGGGAUGUCGAAAUGUCAGAAAUUACGGAGAUUGCUACAGUGGUUGGUGCCCAUGACAUCAAGGAGAGUGCUAAAGCGAAGAAAAAUGAUAAUGCUGAUACAGAAGAAAUGGAAGUGGAUACUGGUAGAGUAUACGAUAAAAAAACAUUAAGAGAUCAAUACGGAAACUAUCCAGUUUGGAUGAAUAGGCGAAAAAUAUUGAAGCAUAAAAAGGGUAGAGCAAAAGCUGCUAAAGGUACUACCAAAACAAGUAAAAGAUUAACUAGGCGACAAAAAAAAGCACUUAAAGAAAAUAAGUAAAGAGGGCUGUAAGUUGAUAAUUAAAAAGAUAUUUUACAACAUCUAAUCGUAUUAUAAAUAUAUAAAUGAAUUCUUUCGUUAACACUUUGACUGCCAUGUUGAUCGUUUAUGACCAGCCAUGGUUUCUUCUGUGAUGCCACGGUGACCAUUGGUAACCGGAGCACUUGAACUUUUUACAAUUGUAAAAAUUGAAUGAAAAUUUACAGUUAGUGCAUUUUGAAUAUCACCGCUAAUUAAAAUAUACUUUGAAAUAAAAUGUGCGCCAUUGAAUUAUUACAAAUUUUUAUUGAAACGUCGAAAGACUAAUUUCUAUGAAAUCUUCAAUAAUAAAAAUACUACCAUGACCUCCUGAGCGAAACAUAUGGCAGUCAAAGUAUGCUGUAAUGAAAGGGUUAAUACUAAUUGAUAAGGAAAAAAAACAUUCUUACAUUUAGUUUAUAUUAUAGUUUUUAUUAUAAAGCGGCGUACAAAAAUUCGUAAAAUAAUAUUUAAAUUACAUACAAACUAUGUUCUAACUAAGGUAUAAAUGCUAAAGUGGCAGUGACACCGGUACAUCAUAUUUUCAUCUAAGAGAAAUUCAUGCAAAUGCAAUAACAAUACAAUCAUGAAUCCUUUUACGACAGUCUAUUUAAUAUAAGUUUUUAAAUUUAUGGAUCUAUUGUUAAGGAAGGUCUGCAAUGUGUUCUUAGUCUAUUUUCUAAAUCUGUCACACGAUUCGUUAAAUGUUGUACCUUCCUCGCCUCUAACUCGUAAUGCUUCAUCUUACUUCUCAUGUCAUAUAUCUCUUGUUGCAUCAAUUGCUGAAAUGAUGUUUCAAAGUUUCUUCUUUAAUAUUUUACGUAGAUAUUGUAAUUUUCAUGUACGUUAUGUUAUAAUUCCUUGUAAUCUUACCACAUUCUCAACAGCUCUUCUCAUAUCGUUUAUACUUUCAACAGCCAUAAUAAUUUUUGCGCUCAUAUCCGUAGAUUCGGUUUCUCUUUUUUUAUUUUUGGCUAUUUGCUAAAAAGUAAAAAAUUUUGUUUAGUAAUUAUCAUUGAUAAGUUCUGGUCUCUAACACUUUGACUGCCACUUUGGUCAUUGGUGACCGGAGCACUUGAGCUUUUUACAAUUGUAAAAGUUAAAUGAAAAUUUACAGUUAGCGCAUUUGGAACAUCACUGCUAAUUAGAAUAUACUUUGAAAUGAAAAUGAAAAAUUAAUUUCGGCGUGACAGUCAAAGUGUUAAACGUAAUUAGGAAAUUGAGAAAGAUUGAUAUUCAAUUAAAAAAGAAAAAGAAAAAAAA